AAGCCACAUUACCGAACCAAAAUCCUUUCCCUAACGUAACCCACAAGCCCGCACCACCCCAAUAAAGGAACAAAGAAAAGCCCCCAACGUGGAUUCCUUAAUCACCACGAAGGUUCCAGAAUCACAUCCUCAGAACACCCCAAGAUUCUAGGAAUCACCAAAACCUACCCCCAACAGCAGCCAGCGCACCCUCUUCUUCUUCUUUUACUAUUUUAAUGGCCACGGUGGCGCGUGCAAUCCACUGUGAGCUACUGUCCAGUAAACCUGGGGCUACUCCUAGGAGAGAAUUGGGUGGUCAGGUUUCCGUUCCGGUUCAGAGAGUGAAAGUGGGUGAAGCUGAGAAUGGAAAGAUAGUGUUGCAGCCGAGGUUGUGUACGUUGAGAUCUUAUGGCUCGAAUCGAGGUGCCGUGAUGAAGACGAGAAGGGAAGAGGGUGAUGAAGUGUCCUCUUUUUUCGAGACGUUGUCGGAGUAUAUUGAGAGUUCCAAGAAGAGCCAAGACUUCGAGAUCAUCUCUGGUCGACUAGCCAUGAUUGUGUUUGCAGCAACAAUAACAACAGAGUUUGUGACCGGAAACUCCCUAUUCAGGAAGAUGGACUUCCAAGGGAUUGCUGAAGCUGUUGGUGUGUGCCUAGGUGCUAUGGCUUGUGCCGCAGCCUUUGCUUGGUUAUCUAGUGCUCGGAACAAAGUAGGUCGAAUCUUCACUGUGAGUUGUAACUCAUUUAUUGAUUCAGUGAUCGACCAAAUCGUGGAUGGAUUGUUCUAUGAAACUGAUUUCAGUGACUGGUCCGAUGAUAAUUGAAACCAGGAAUUAUACUUCUAUAUAUAUAGUUAUAAAGGAAAGGAGGUUCUCCCGUUCAGAGAAAUUAUAUGUGGAGAUCCUGGAAACCAGAGAUGUAAUUACGUUUUUCUUAGCAUAAAUGUUAUACAAAUAGAAGGCAUGUAAAUGAGGGAAAUGGGAUUCGUUGCUAGUUUCUGGUGUUUGCCUAUCUUAUGUGAGAUCAAUUAAUUUGUAUAAAACAUGUAUGAAUUAUAGUAAUCAACUAUAGAUUUAUGCUUAAAUUGGGAGUCGAGAUUUCUUGCUGUG